AGGUCACCUCCGCUCCUCGCAUCCCCGCAGUCGCUCUAGCGUGGCCAACGCGUUGAGGUGAGGUUCCACGAAAGCGGAGCUGUGAAGAAUUGAGCAUAGCGGAGCAGUGAUACUAGGAAGUAAUGCCAUGACAUAGUAUAAUGUUGGCAACAAAGAGGCAAAACAAUCGAAGAUGAAUGCGAAAAAAUCGCCAGAGAAGAGAAAAAUCGAGAGAGUGAAGAAGAAAGACGAAGAACGAAAGAAAGAGAGAUAUAUGCUCAUUGUGCUACAUGUGACGAGUGAGCGGUGCGCACUGUGAGUCGUAACGAUGACAAGUGAGAUUGCACGCGUCAAUAGUUCGGAUGAGCGAGGCGUUGAUAAAGAAGCGAAGCGUGCGAGAUAAAGAUCGCCACAUAUGGAUCCCAUAAACGGAUCCCAUAGCGGGGCGAACGCGACCAUCUCCGAUAUCACAAAUGGCGCGUACAACGCCACGGACGCUGGCGAGUGGACGAGCAGCGUCAUGUUCAAGCUGCGGACCUGCGUGCUGCUGCUCAUCGUCAUCAUGGCGGUGCUCGGCAACAUGCUCGUCAUUGUCAGUGUUAUGAGGCACAGGAAACUCCGUGUCAUCACCAACUACUUUGUCGUCUCCCUUGCGUUUGCUGACAUUCUCGUCGCGAUGGUGGUUAUGCCCUUCAACUUCAGCGUGCAAUUCAACCAGGGCUGGGUCUUCGGGGAGACGAUUUGUGACCUCUGGAACUCUUCCGACGUUUAUUUUACAUCAACGUCCAUACUCCACCUCUGCUGCAUAUCCGUGGAUAGGUAUUAUGCCAUCGUGAAGCCGUUGAAGUACCCCAUCAAGAUGACAAAGAAGAUGGCGUUUGUGAUGUUAGCAGCGACGUGGUUGAGUCCAAUCACAAUAUCUUACGUCCCAAUAUUCAUGGGAUGGUACACAACCACAGAUUUUCUAGAGAGUCGCAGAGACGAUCAGUGUGAGUUCAAAGUGAACAAACCUUACGCAGUGAUAUCUAGCUCCAUAUCAUUCUGGAUACCUUGCACCAUCAUGAUAUUUACGUACUUAGCGAUUUUCAAGGAGGCCAACAGACAGGAGAAGGCGUUGCACGCUAGAGCCGGCAACGCCAUGUUGAUGCACAGACAUUCUAGAGAAGUGAGCGAUAAAAAUGGUGCACUACAUAUAAACGCCACCACCCCAACCAAAGAUAGAAAUUUAUUGAAGAUGAAGAGGGAGCACAAAGCAGCCAGAACUUUGGGAAUCAUCAUGGGAGCAUUCAUACUUUGCUGGCUGCCAUUCUUCCUCUACUAUGUGUCAACAUCAUUGUGUGACUCGUGCAAUUGCCCAGAAGUAGUGACAGUGAUAAUGUUUUGGACUGGGUACUUCAAUUCCGCGUUGAACCCUAUAAUAUACGCGUACUUUAAUAGAGACUUUCGUAAUGCUUUUAAAAAUACAUUAGCUUGCGCGUUCUGUAGUUUCUGCAAGCGUAGUGCGUCAGAUUUAGAUGCAAUGGAACGAUUAGAUAGAAGAGGAUCCGCGCAACUGAGAGUGCCGAUACCUUCGAGAAGAGCAUCGGAUUUGGCGUCGCUUUGA